AUGACAGACGAGAAAGGGCGAGCAGAGGUUGAGGCACGAGAAGGUGGCAGCAGCAAGGGAAGCGAAACAGAGUUGAGCGGCAAGAACAACAACGGCACCAACAACAACGACACCAACAACAACAACACCAGCACCACGUCGAAUCACAAGCAGGGAGCUGCAGGAGAGGCAGCCGCGCCUCAACACCAUAGCGAAGCACAAGAAGAAGAACAAGAACAGCAGCAGCAACAGCAGAGAGUAGCGCCCUCUGCAGCGCCCUCGACAUCAACAAGUAGUAGCCUGCCACAAGGGGAUGCGCCGCUAAAGUUGACCCGCGGACGGCGAGCUACCACAACUGAAGGUGAUGCAGGAACACAACAACAGCAGCAGUGGCAGCAACAACAGCAACAACAGCAGGAAGGCACAAGUGGUGACGAUGAGAAAGGCGAUACUGGCAGUGUCGAUGAGGAGCAAGGGCGGGAAGAGAGCGUCAUGUCUCGAAGCUGGCGCGGGCAAACACCCACGAAUAUGGAUGAUCUGCACAAGCGCGGCAACGGGCGGUACAACGACGCCAGCAACGAUAACACCUCUGGCAGCGACAGCGGCGCCAAAGGCGGCCACGGUGCAAGUGGAGGCACUGUCGAGCACCGCGCUGCUGCUGCUGCGACUGCUGGUGGCGGUCGUGGGUUGACGAGAAGGCGCAGCGGGCGCCUGUUUCAGGUAGCAACAGCGGUGGCCAAGAGGGCGGCAUCAGAGUCAACAGCAGAGAGCACCAACAGCAGCGGCAACGACAGCGCACGGCAGAGUGGUCGCGCAAGCGUCCUUGCCAGCGGUGAACACGAUCCAUCGCAACAGCAGCAACAGCAGCAACAGCAGCAGCAGCAGCAGCAGCAUCGAUUGAGCCGCGGGCGGCGCUCAAGGGCGUCAGCGAGGCAGAGGGAGCAAGCGGCACAGCAUGGAUGCGUAGAAGGGCUGGCAGCACUCCCGCGGCCAACAGCGCACCGGCCGACAAGGAAGGCAGCAGCAGACGAUGUCACCAAUGGUGAUGGAGGCAAUGGCGGGCAGCGCAGGAAACGAGGUAAGUUUGAUGGGGAAGAGCACAUGGUCCGUGACACUGAUGAUAAUGACGACGACGAUGACGAUGUCGACGAUGUCGAAGGUGGCAACAGCGACGGCGAUGAGGUGGAUUCUGAUGAGGAUGAGCAUGUUGACAGCGACAAGGCGUUGCUUCGCUUCCGUCCCGACAUUUCCAUCUCGGAAUUCGAAGGACACCUGACACAGUCCAUCUUCAAGGAUUUGGCAGAGCCGCUUGCGAAGAUUGAGGACAAGAUGGUGCAAGUCAAGAAAGGCGAUGACAGCGUGUUCCGGCGCCGGCGCGCUGUGCUGGAGCACGUCCUUCGCCGCCGCCGCAUAUCUGCCGAGGUCGAAUACGACCGCCGCAAGGACGAGAUUGCACACGACUACGAUGCACAGCGCGCACAGAUUGUGGCCAGGUUCAAGGCACGGCGGGAGGAAACAAAGCAGGCCCUGAUGCAAUCCGUCGUCGAACGAUUGGACGACGCUAAGCAACGGUACGAGGCGAGCGCCAUUGAUGGGGAGGACGACUCACGUCCGGCGCCAAAUCGCAUGGCCACGCGGCGGCUGCGGCGGAGGGGACAAGAUAACCAACCGAUCACAGCCGGGGCGGCGGAGACGAAGACUGUCGAGGCCAAAGCGCCCAUUGUCGUCAUGGAGCUCGAAGCCAAGGACGUUCUCAAGGAUUUGCGGACCAUGGGCUGCACCAUUUCCAAAGCUCAAAACGAAAUGGCGAAACUCAGAGACAAGCCCCUGUCCAUUAAGACGGUGUUUGACAACCGGCGUGACCAAGUGUUCUUCAACGACCGCUGGUACAGUCGCGGUGCCCGCGUCACCAUCGAUGUGCCAACAGGAACAACCACAAAUCGCAGGGUCACGGGCAUCAUCUUUGCCAUCAACCACACGAUGGUGUGGGUGCGCGUGACAGAGUUUGACCGCAUCGGGCUCAAGUUGUCCGAGCUCGCGCGAGGGAUUGUUGGCAUGCGUCCUGCUCAGGGCAAAAUGUAAAGGCGGUUGCAUGACCGUAAUGUGCUGUUGGCUGCUGCUUUGUUGCAGUGCUGCAACCUUGCACACGCGCGCGCUCCCGCACACACUCUCACUCUCACGCACAUCAGCCACGUGCGGGGCAUGCUCCAGCUGCAAGCAUGCCACCCCUUUUCCCUUCUCGUUUGUUACCGCACACGCAAACAACACCCAUUUCCUCUUCUCAACUUCCCCCCCCCCUCGCUUCAUUGUUGUGCAUAUGGACGCGCUCUAGUUUGCAGACGCUUUUACAUUCUUUACACUUGUGGUGACGUUGUUAUGGUGUUGUGUGCACGUGCGACGGUGUGUGUGUGUGUGCGUGUGUGUGUGUGCGUGUGUGUGUGUGUGUGCGUGUGCGUGUGUGGGUGCACAACGUGCUAUCCUUGUUGUACAAAACUACAGCAAAAAGGUGCAAA